AACAUUCAAGUUAGACACAUAUCUUGCCGGUACGCAUGAUGCAGCGAUAGCCUAUUUAUGACGUGGCAUUACAUUACGUCAUCAAAGUGAGUCGACAGCUAAUUCAUAAUUUUGCUGGGGUUGUUCAGCUAGCAGUGUAGGUAUAAGGCCAAGAAGAUGAUGGAAGAGAGUGGGAUUGAGACUACACCCCCUGCCAGCCCUACCCCUCUGACUGCGGCUGCUGCAGUCAGCUCCCCACCGGUGACCAUAGGUCUGUCCAGUCCUCUAUCCCUCCCAGGACUCAGCUCUGCCUCCAUGGAUAAAACCUCGGUGUCCACUGCUCUCCCCCCACUUCCCUCUCUUCCUGCUUUCAACAGCCCCCUGGCUGCAACCUCCCAGUUUCCCCCUGCCUCUACACUUGCCUCCCCCUAUACGAGCAGCUCUCCCUUCCCUCCUUCCAGCUCCCCCUCUUUGCCUCCUCAGGUCACCCCUGUCAGACAUCCUCCCGCCUUGGCUCCGGGCAUGACAGCCCCUCCUGUAGGCCCGCCCGUAUCCAGCUUCUCCAUGAGUGCAGGGUAUGACAUUACACGGGGUCAUGGUGGUCGAACACCACAGACACCACUGAUGCCGACAUUCUCCAGUGCCAGUGCCAUGCCAGGUGUAGUGUCAAAUCCCCUGGUUCAGCAGCCGGUCAUGACAGGAGGAUUAGACACUGGAUCUCCCAUCACUUUCCCGGAGGAGCAGGAAGAUCCCAGGGUGCCUGGAGACGCAAACACUGGUGGAGGAAUCUGGGGCUUUUUUAAGGGAGUAGCAGGUAACCAUGUAGUGAAGACAGUCCUGGACAAAACCAAGCACUCUGUGGAGUCCAUGAUCACCACUCUAGAUCCUGGCAUGGCUCCAUACAUCAAGUCUGGAGGGGACAUUGACAUUGUGGUCACUUCAGAUAAGGAGUUGCAGGUGGGGGCAGUCAGAGAUGCCUUCCAGGAGGUCUUUGGGAUGGCUAUGGUCACUGGAGAGCCUGGUCAGUCUAACAUCGCCCCUCAGCCUGUGGGCUAUGCAGCUGGUGUGAAGGGGGCUCAACAGCGCAUUGACAGCCUGCGUCGAGGUGGUGUGAUCCAUGAGAAUCAGCCAGUGGUGUCUCUGGAAAACUUCAUCGCUGAACUCUUUCCUGACAAGUGGUUUGACAUUGGAUGUUUGAUCCUGGAAGACCCUGGUCACAGCAUCCGUAUCGAGGUCUUCACUCAGGCAACUCCUUUGGCUUUGGAUCUCGUCCAGCAGGCUCAGUCCCUGACCCCACCUGACUACAGCCUGCGAUGGUCAGGUCUGAUUGCUACAGUGGGUGAGGUCCUGGAACGCAGCCGGCCCAACAUCAACAGAACAGACUGGCACCAGACCAUGACUGGUAUGACCCAACGCCAGAUGAUCCAGAGCGCUGCCAAAGUUCUGGCUGGAAUCUACAAACAGGAGCUGCCACCCAGGACUGUGUAAUGCUGAACGGUUCCAGUUUCUGUCACAUACUAAAUGAAAGCAGAGACACGGUGGUGGAAAAACUGCCUGAGUGGACAACGUGGUUCCUUGUAGUUCCACAUCCAUCCUCCACGCAUCAACGCAGAACAUAGCCAAAUAUUUACUGACAUAUCAGCAUGUCAGCAGUGUUUUAGUGCAAGAGCGUCACUUAUCAAAUCAAUACUCAAAGAUAACUUAACCAUUAACUGAUCAUCCUCCUUGAAAGAUUGUUACACAUCAUGUGUAUUAAUAUCAACAAUGUUAACACAUAUUGUGCCAAGUUUUUGUUUUUAAUUUUGUUUAUGAAUGCUUAUGUUGUUGUACUGACUGUGUCUCAAUUGUAUUCUAUAUAUUUACUUUCAUUACACAUCAAAAAGUUUGGAAAAUCUACUCAAACCUUAUUUGCAUUAAUUCAUUUUUAAAAAGGGGCCCAAUCCAAAAUGUGGUGGAGCCAGACAGACCCACACUUUGACCUGAAAUCUGAGAGGUAACGAAAAACAUGACCUCACCUGAGCCCAUUAGACUAAAUAGAAAGUGGCCCAAGCCCUAUUCGAGACCUGGAUUGGGUCUUAGAUCUAUAUACUGUAACAUUGUAACUGCACCAUUGUGGCAGUUAGUAUUCAAAACAAUAUGUACUGUACUGUUUUGUAGUAACAGGGCAUCAUACAAGGCAUGUGGUGAUAUUCUACUGCUGCAGGUUUCACAUGACGAAUCCUUAAAUGGCAGAGAAAAUGUUUGUAUUUUUUUAGGAUUUUAUUGUAUAUAUUUUGUUUCGAAGCUGUUGCUAAAGCCAGUAACCUGCUUUUUGAUUUCUUUCUACCUGUAAAUAACUCUAUUAUAACUGUUUUAACUAUUCUAACUCUACUGGAAAAAGGUCCCACAAACAUGGCCAGAUUCAUUUACCAAUAGCGAGUUAUAACGAGUGGUUCGGCCUUCAUCAUAUCCCUAUCUUUACUGCUCAUACUAAAUUUAUGUAAAACAUUUUUGGUCUGUUAAACUGUUUAUUAAUUGCAAAAUAAUUUGGAAAUAAACAACAUGUAAACAUAAUGAGAUAUUUAGGUAUUAAAACAGGCUUAAGGUAAGGUAACAACAUGGCACCCACCCUUUCUAAUGUCAUUAGAUAUUGUACUUCAGUGCGUUUUCCUUUGUUUUAGAAACUUUUUAAAGCACUGAAUCUUUAUAAAGUAAUCGUGCUGAAAUGGUUUGUUGUUUUGACGGGUUUGAUACAGUCAGAGUGGUGAUUUCUGUGGGGUAACCUUUGGUUUGGCAUUUGUAUUAAAGAGAUAAAUCAAAGACUUGGAUGAAACAGAUGAUACUAGUUUCUGCUUUCACUGAGAUAUUCAGUGAAGGCUAAAUAAUAUAAAAUGACAGUUUCCUGCUCUGUACUGUUGAUAGCCCAAACACCUUGCCCUAAAGUCAAAACAUGUUUUUACAUGUACUGACUUUUGUCAUUUUCCAAUAUGAAUGUACUAAACCCAUAUGUAUGUAUGUACGUAUGUGUGUCUGUGUGUAUAUAUAGAUAUAUAUAUCUAGAGAUAUCUAUAUAUAGAUCUAUAUAUAGCAUGCAACUGGGACAACACAGCUGGUGUGAUGGGUCUAGUGUGGGAUUUCAUCUAAUAAUUUAAAAAUGUAGCAUCUCAUUCAGUUGUGCUUGUUUUAUUGCAAAAUAUUUGCAAUUUGUACUAUAAGUAUGCACUAGUUAAUGAGUAAUUACAGCAGGAUACUAACAGAAACCUGGUGAAGUUUUUUACUUUGUGUCUUCUAAAUGUGCCUUUUUACUCCAACAAAAUAAAUGACUUUUUCAGGCCA